AUGUCCAAUACCUUUUCAAUUCUCUGUCUUUCCUUGUGUUUAACCACAACUUUUGCCUACAACUGGGAACCAAAUAACCCCGUACCCAGUUCCGAAUAUUCCCUUUACGAAUGUACUAAUCAUUCAAUAUAUUUCACAACACCAACAAACGAGACGACUGCUAACUGCACACAAAUUCCCAAUGGUGUGUAUAACAAAACUAACUGCGUGACGGAUCUGAAUAUUUAUUAUGUUGGUGUUGCAAACAUGGAUUUCUCAUACACCGUAUUUACAAAUUACACAGUGUCUUAUUCAGUUGUUGCAUUUACCAAACAUGAAUAUGAUUCCGUUGACCAGUUUUAUUCAUACCAAUCGACUUACACCAAUUGCAUUUUUAAAAGAUUCAAAUCGAAUUCCACAGACUUGUAUAAGACUGUUUUUAAUGACACAAAGUUGUUCGAAUUGAAACCUUUGCAAUUGUACAUUCAGUGGUGCACAAUAAGAAACUCGACACUAAUUAACAUCGAUUUGGUCAACAACACACAAAAACUUGUGAAUACUACAAAACCCAUAAAUAUAUAUGAUUUGUAUACACACACUGUUAAUCAUUUGAAUUUGGAUCACAAUAACAUCUCAUUCAGUGACUUUAAGAGUAUUACUGGUUAUGGUUAUAUAUCAAAUAACACAAGUUACUACAAUGUUAAUAUUGAGGAUAUUAACUUUAUGUACUUUUCGUUUGAUAACGAUCAUUUCACAGGUGUGACUGUGCGUUCAGCAAUAAUAAUGUAUGGCUCUUUCAACUUGACUAAUUUUGGUAAAAUCACGUUUGAGAACACGACUUUUAAAGAUAGUAACUUUGUGUUAAAAAGAAGUGGCGUGAUUAUAUUUAAGAAGUGCAAUUUUAAAAAGACUAAAAUCAAUGGAAUAGCGAUGAGAAACACUUCGAUUGAUUGCAUUUUUGAAAAUGGAGAGACUAAUUGCACAGUACCUAUAAAACCAGUGCAAGAAAGCAGUGAUACUUCGAAUAGUGAAACUGGGAAAGUCGUUGUGGACGAUUUGGAAACUUACAGUAACAAUGUUGAAAUGUACGCCAUAAUUACUGGGGUUAUACUUUACACACUGUUUUGUUUUGUCGCAAUUAUCAUUGCUAUUGUUGUGAUCGCACAAAAAUUAAGAAGGGAACCAUGA